GUUAGAGCAUGCAUUGCAGCAGAAUGACAUGACUAAUGAAGAAACAUGGAGGGGCUGGAACCUUUCUCUGCAGUGUGCUCAUAACAAGAUGGCAUUGAAGGCUAUGGAACCUGGCAGUGCUCUUUCCUUCCCUCUAAUCCAGGUGCCUGAAACUUGUGACUACUCAACGCAUCACAACGAGCUGGGGCUUGUUUUAGUCGUUCCUUAUGAUGGCUGCAAUGUGAUGCUAGAGAAUGGGAGAUAUGUGUUGUCAAUGAGAUGGUUGGAGAGUCCAGUUAAACUUGUCUGCCCCAUGUCGCCAACUACCCCUGAGUCCACUGAACAGUCCCGGAAAUUUCUUUUCCAUCGCAGGCCCUGGAAACAUCUUCGGAGUAAACGAGAUACAAAUCACUAUGAUUCUGUCUUUGAUCCCAGUAAUCUAUAUUAUCACUAUUGGUACGAGUAUUACAUGUAUGUGUUGAAUACUCUAUUAACUGCAAACACUGCAACAACUAGUGAGCCAGAUUCUGAGAAGGUCCCCUUUUACCCAAAUUACAUUUAUUAUCCUUACUACUCCUACUUCCCUCCUCAUAUCCCACCGGAGAUGACCACAGAGUCACAAGCCACUCCCACUGUUGGACAUGGGACAACCAUAAACACUCCCCAUUAUUUUAUGUAUUAUCCUUAUCCCCAUUACCAACCCGAUGGGCAACCGCUAUUUCAAGAAAUCCCAGAUUAUUUUCAAUUCCACUACUUCCCAAUCAACCAGAAUUUUCAUGGUAAACCUCCAUACCCACAAACUCCGGAUCUGCACACACAAACUGCUGAGCUUCUGCCUCCCACAGCCAGUAAACCACUUGACGCCACUCCCACCACCAGCCCGAUGACCAAACCUGCCACCAAGCCGACAACCGAACCCACCACAAUUUGUCCGAAAAGAAAAUAUAAACUAUGUGCCCGUAAGACGACGUCAACCAGCAGUGGUCAACAUAAACCUUAUGUCCCUUUGAACCAGCUCCCCUUCACUCCAUAUGUUUCAUACAAGGCAGCUGACAUAGUCCGAGAUGACCAGAUAGAUUUGCCUAAAGAAGAUGGCAAGUACGGGAUCCGGUCUCUGGAAAACUCGGAUGCAGAUGCAGAUAUUCCCUUGCUUUCUAACUCGACAGAUAAAGACAAUGACCAGUAUGACUAGAGAUAUUCCUACCUCCACAACCUACACAAGAGAAAGUGGUGCUGGUGCCUUGUGUGACUGAACAGUCAAUAAACAUUCAAUUUAGAA